ACUAGUGAAACAAACGUGCAUGCAUGUGUCUGUCACAAGUUAGCUUGGUAAAUAGCGGUACAUGGAGUAAUUCUGAGAACAUUUACGUCCUGUAUAAUUCAUGGCGUUCAGCUUCAACUUCGACAUUAAGGUGAAAACAGUCGGACUCUGCCAAGGCGAUGCGAAAACGGAGAAAGAUCAGGAAUGCUGUCUUAAAACUGUGAAGGAUGAUAUCACCUCUACUCCCAAGCCCGUGAAGCCGGCUCGAGAGCACACCGUCCCCAGCGACGUAGACUCGCUCCUGCGGGACGUUGUCACGGAAACGGUGCGCGUGGGGGCCCUGCCGCCUCUGAUGUGCGUCAACGAGUCGGUGCUGGAGCUCACGGCGGAGGAGAGGCAGGGCGACGAAGAGGAGGAGGAGGAGGAGGUGCUGAAGAAGAUGGCCGCCCAGCGCUCGGACCUGCUGCCGGGGGUGUACGAGGGGGGGCUGCGGGUGUGGGAGUGCACCUACGACCUCCUCGCUCACCUGGACGCACACCUGGAGCGUGAGGAGGAAGGGGGCGGAGUCUUCUCAGGGAGGCGGGUCUUAGACCUGGGCUGCGGGGCGGGGCUCCUGGGCGUCAUGGCGAUGCGUCUGGGGGCAGAGCAAGUGGACUUCCAGGACUACAACAGCACGGUCAUCCGCCAGCUGACCAUCGCCAACGCUGCGCUUAACCAGCGAGAGGAGGAGGAGGAGGAGGAGGAGGAGGAGGAGGAGGAAGAAGAGAAGAAGGGAGAGAAGGAGGACGAGGAGGAGGAUGAAGAGGAGGAGGGAGAGAAGGGGGAGGUGAAGCAGGAAAAAGAGGAGGAAGAGAAGGAAGUAAAGGAGGAAGGGAAGAAGAAGAAGAGGAAGAAGAAGGGAGACGCACAGCCGAGAGUAGGUGAGAAAAGGGGAAAGGGGGAUGGCAGAGAGAGACAGAUGGAUGAGAAGAACAGGAGUGAGAAGAGAGGAGAGGAGAACGAGAGCCCACUGCCCAAACGCAGAAGAGCGCCCCCUGCCUUUGCCCCCCUGCACUGCCGCUGUCGCUUCUUCUCGGGCGAUUGGACCUCCUUCCUGUCCCUCAUCCAGCAGCGCAGCCCGGCGCACAAAUAUGACAUCAUCCUCACCUCCGAGACCAUCUACAACACGGACUACUACGCAGCGCUACACGAGCUCCUCCAUAGGCUGCUGGCAGAUGACGGACAGGUGCUGCUGGCCACUAAGGCGCACUACUUUGGGGUGGGGGGCGGGCUGCUGCUGUUCGAGCGCUUUGUGGAGGAGAGGGGCGUGUUCGAGACGCGUCGGCUACUCGACGUGGACGAGGGGCUGCAGAGACACGUACUGGCGCUCACGUUCAAGAGACACAACACACACACGUCACCUUCCACACACACCUCUCACGCCACAGCCUCCAAUGGGGCGCGUCAGAAGAUGAAAUAACUGCGUGUGUGUGUGUGUAUGGGUGCCUCUCAUUCAGCAUUUCAACGUCCUCCCUCGCUCCUUGGGCCUCAAUCCUCACUGAUCUACAUAAAGAAAGAUAGAAGAAGGGAUAGACUAUCCCAUUGUUGCCGCCCCUUCGUUCUUUAUGUACAUCAGUGAGGAUCGAGGCCCGAGGAGUGAGGGAGGACGUAUAAACGCUGAAUGAGAGGCACCUUAUGUGUGUGUGUGUGAGAAAGAGAGAGAGCAAGUUAGCCAAUGUGUGAAUUGUGUGUGUGUGUGUAAUGCAGUGCUGAAGUGUGUGCGCCCUCUUGUGGUCCUUUACAGUAAAUUCCUCUAAAUGUAAAACAGUGCUUUCUUUCUCUCCAUGUGUUAUCCUGGGUGUUGGAGAGCCCUCUCACACAUUCCUGACACACUCCUGGUCCUGGACAUGCACACCCUGCAUCUCUGAGGACCUGUGUGUGUGUGUCCUGUGUCGUGUGUCGUGCAUGAACAGGGAUGGGAAGAAAUAUAUCAAAAUAGACUCUGAUAUAAAAUACCUGUCAACACCUGUGAAAGUAUCAAUAUAAAAUGCGAAAUGAGUGUAGAGCAACAUUGACAUGUUUUAAGAUAGAUUAUAGUAUGUCAAAUUAAAGAAUACCGUAAUUUCCCAACUAUUAGCCACGGUUUAUACAUUAAUUUUGCAAAAUUUCAAAAAUAUGAGAUUAAUACACGGCAGCAUUUAAUAUGGUUUUGUUUCUUUUAACUUGCACAAAACACUGUCCUGUGACUUAUACACAAUGCAGCUAAUACACAGGAAGCUACUGUACUACACUAUCUCCAUGGCAACAUGAAGUCCAGACCUCUGCUGUGGGUGUGUGUGAUCAUAUAUAUAUAUAUAUAUAGUAGUAGUAUCUAUCUAUCUAUCUAUCUAUCUAUCUAUC